AUGGCUGAUCCACCAUGGGAUAUUCACAUGGAGCUACCCUAUGGCACUAUGUCAGACGAUGAGAUGAGGAGAAUGGAUAUUCCAUGCCUUCAGGAUGAUGGUUAUAUAUUUCUCUGGGUGACUGGUCGUGCAAUGGAGUUGGGUCGGGAGUGCCUCAAACUCUGGGGCUACGAUCGUGUUGACGAGGUGAUUUGGGUUAAAACUAACCAGUUGCAGCGACUCAUUCGUACAGGUCGAACAGGUCACUGGCUUAAUCACGGCAAAGAGCAUUGCCUAGUCGGUGUGAAGGGUGAUGCUGCACGUUGCCGUAGCAACCGUGGUCUCGAUUGUGAUGUGAUUGUCGCAGAGGUUCGAGAAACCUCCAGGAAGCCAGAUGAAAUCUAUGGUCUUAUUGAACGACUCUCCCCUGGAACUCGAAAAUUGGAGUUGUUUGGACGGCCGCACAAUCUCCAAGCCAAUUGGAUUACUUUGGGUAAUCAAUUGGAUGGCACUUAUCUUGUUGAUCCAGAAGUUGUUGAGCGUUAUCGAAAGCGCUACCCCAAUGGAGCUGAUAACAGAGGAAAUGGCUCUUAA